AAGAGUUAAAAACUUCACUGCCGGAUUCAGAGACGGCUGGAAUAAACGCGCCUGUCUGGAUUAUUACAGCUUGUCUGUGAGAGUAGAAGUGCUUCAUUCGGGUUACAGUUUCAAUAAAUCAUCUUCCGUGGACACUGAAGGGUUUUGUUAUGAAGAUGAGGGAUUUAUUGUGUCUGCUGGUGCUUGUACUGAUCAUCUGCACGACGGUCCGAGCGCGGUGUCCUAAGGUGUGUAAGUGUGCGGCGGAGCGGCCCGUGUGCCCACUGGGCGUCAGUGCGGUGCCCGACAGCUGCGGCUGCUGUAAGGUGUGUGCCGCCCAGCUGAAUCAAGACUGCCAUGAGAACAAACCCUGCGACCAUCACAAGGGCCUGGAGUGUAACUAUGGCAACGAUGUGACCAGUAUCCAUGGAAUCUGCCGGGGCAAACUGGAAGGCCGCUCUUGCGAAUACAAUGGCCGCAUGUAUCAGAAUGGAGAAAACUUCCGCGCGGGCUGCAAACACCAGUGCACCUGUAUCGACGGGGCGGUGGGCUGCGUGCCCCUUUGCCCCUCUGAUAUUCCUCUGGCAUCUCCGUCCUGUCCUGCACCUCGACUGGUCAAGAUCCCGGGCCAGUGCUGCCUCAGCGUGGACUGUCACAGCGAGUCCUCCGUCCUCCCGCCAGUGUUCAGACGGCCACAGCCGCCUCCGUAUCUGUUCCCCAACCUGCACAUCUACAAGAAGCCCCGACCAAAGCCCUUCCACUACACGCCCAAAAACUCCCCCAGCAAUGAACUCAUGGAGCUGGAGAAAAAGUGGGACAAACCGCGUAGCCGAAAGCACCUGCCAGUGUGGAAGCAAGCCGGACGGCGAUGUGUUGCACAGACGACAAGCUGGACGCCUUGUUCACGCAGCUGCGGGAUGGGCGUUUCAUCUCGGGUCACCAAUGAGAAUGCUCAGUGCAAACUGCUGAAGGAAACCAUACUCUGCAACAUUCGUCCCUGUAGUUCUGUGAAUGUGCCUAUAAAGAAGGGGAGGAAGUGCUCUCGUACACACAAGUCUCCUGAGCCUCUGCGUCUGCGCUACGCCGGCUGCCGCAGCACACGUCUCUAUCGGCCCAACUACUGCGGGACGUGCCUGGACGGGCGAUGCUGCUCGCCCCGGCGCAUGCGGACAGCCCCUGUGCUCUUCGCCUGCCCCGAUGGAGAGCGCUUCGAGAGGGCUGUAAUGUUUGUGCAGUCCUGCAAGUGCAAUGACGAAUGCAGCCAUCUGAACGAUGCAGUGCUCCCGCCCCAACGUUGGCUCUAUGGUGACAUGCACAAGUUUGUGGAUUAACGUCUCGUUUGUCCAAAGACCCACUCUCAUGUCUUUCCCCGUCCAAUAGAGUAGCGUUUCGAAGUGUAACUCCGAGUAGACGCUAGGCCGAGGCCUUAUUAUAAUGCAGAUCCAUGCGGAAAAAGGCCAAUUUUGGGUUAUCAAUCCCUUGUACCAAGAGUCUUAGAGUAGAUGCGCUUUCCGCGAGGAACCGGGAUGGGAUGAAUCCCAGUCGUGAAUAUAUUCAAUGGAUUUUAUGAUUGACUGGUCUUUACCAUGAACAGUGAAGCAUUCUGGGGCACCUGCGUGAUCUAGAUUAGACAUUAAGCAGGUUUGGAGAGAAAAAAAAAAGCCUCAGUGGGACGCUGAUUAGACACUUAAAUGUGGUGGGACCUCUCAGCUUCACAGGGGCUGACUUUUACAUCUUUUGCAGUGAUUGCUUUGCCUUGACGAUCAAAGAAAUACUGGCAAAUUUAAGGGAAACUCAAGGGGAAGUCGUUGUAAGCUACGCAGGGUUCAACUCCGCUUUUUUUUGGACUCGACACUGAGACUGAUGGUUUCGUGAGCCCAUGACUUUGUCAACUCACCAAGUGAUAUUUGCCAAGUGCUGCAGUUCCCUGGCGUCAAAACGUCGGCUCCUCUGCUCCCGGCUAAUUACAAUCUUCUUCUUUGGGGGCAGAAGGAAACCCAGUAACCCUUUGGUUUGCAAUAAAAAUAUGUUUAAAACACCA